UCGCGGGGAACAACCAUGUCGGGAAACCUUUACUCGGGGAACUCGGCCUUGCCUUCCUUCCUCUCUCCAUCAUUGCAUUAUUAUCCAGAUAUGUCAGAGAUGGCCCAACCGGGGACUAACGCUAUGGAACCUCCNCCCAGCACACGGCCGUAUCGCUCACACAAGUUUCCCGCUUGCACUGCUUGCCGUCAGCGCAAAAUACGCUGCCAUCUUGACCAACAAGCAGCCACUUGCACUCUUUGUCGGGAAAAGGGUUGGCAGUGUGUCGUUGCUUCUCCAGCCCCAAAUCCUCAAAAACGUGAUCGGUCUUCUACGUCGGGUCCAGGGGAAAGGCCCGCGAAGCGUACUGCUCAAAGCAUAGGUCCUGGAGGUGAUGGUUCUCCACAAGUCCCAGCAGGACGACCUUCUCGUCAAGGCUCUACCAUAGGUACUCCUGCUGAAGCCUCUGCUGAGAUUGCACAACCUUUGGAUCAUCCGAGCACCGAGUCGACUGUGAUUGUAGGACCUGUGUUCCAGGAAGAUAUCCAAAUCUUAGGGCCAUAUCUCUCGAGAGGAGAUGAACCAAGACAAUCGUCCAAAGAACGGCAAACUGCUACAGCUGGACCGAGUCGCAACCCGCUUUUAUAUCUUUCUGUUCCUCGUCGUCGGAGAGGUCUUCAGCCGGCCAAGGAUCCUGGUUCUAAUCAGAAGCUUAUCUUACAACACCUUGUAGGACCGUUUGCCGAUGAGCUUAUCGAUCUAUACUUUGAAAAUGCUCAUCCUUGCUUCCCUAUUCUAGAUGAGCUGGCUAUCAANAAACAUGGAGCGACAGGUAUCUCGUCUACUCUGUGGUCUUACAUCAUCACUAAUGCACUGUCUUCUUGGGAACGAUCGCCAAAGUUGAGAAAUCAUCCUCGGCCUGAUCCAAUCUAUGCUUGCAAUGUCGCCGUUGCUGCUUUGCAGGAAGACUUCAACGAGUCCAGUGUCUCGACUAUACUGAGCAGUGUGCUUGAUAUGAUUGGUCGACCGGUCAACUCCAUCGUGGGCAACAUUAUCAACGAAGGCCGAACGUUAGCUCUUGCCCACACUUUUGGAAUGAACCGCAAUCCCACGAACUGGGGAUGUUCGGAUCAUGAGAAACGACUCAGGAUACGUACCUGGUGGGCCGUCUUGAUUAGUAACAGAAUCCAGGUUGUCGACCAAGCUGAUCUUCCAAAGNNGUCUGCUUUAGCCCAUGGAACGCCAACCACCUUGACAAAGGGUCAAUAUGACGUGCCUCUACCCACAUAUGCAAUGCUCUUGACACCAGGCAAGGACAAUGUCUAUCGUACACAAGGUGCAGAGCACUUCAUCCAGCUAUGCAAGCUGUGCGAAACACUGGGUGAAAUCAUACACAUUGCCGCUGACCUCCGUCGCCCUUUCGAAGCAAAAGUACCCCGAGAACUACGACGGCUCGAAUGUGAUCUAGAUCAAUGGGAGGCCGACCUGCCACCAUAUCUUACUCGGCCGCUCGAGGAGGGAAAAGGACCCGGAGCAUGCAACUUGUACUUCUGCUUCCUGUCAACUAAACUCAUGCUUGCUCGAACGGCGCUCAAGUAUGCCAACUCCGAUGGUCAAAAGCCGGACAACAGUAGCGAGCAUCUACGAUAUCGUCUCUCUGUGCUGCGUAGCUCGGCACGCGAGAUAGCAGACUUUGUUUGUGCUCUGACAAGUCAACAUCUAGCUGAGUGGUGGCUACCAUACACAGCCCAUCUACUAGCCUCCUCAGCCAUGAUACUUCUCCGCUGCACAAUCGAGACCACUGACCCUCUCGCCCGUGAGACCUGCAAACGCAGUCUCGAGGCCCUUCGCAAACGCCUUCGGUCCGCUCGUGACGAUGACAACUGGGAUCUGGCCGACAUCUUCCUCAAUCAAUGCGACGAACCCAUCUCUCGCGUCAUCAACAAACUGUCCACCGCUCCUCCCACCACUACCGCAGCAACUGCUUCCCCUCAUCACCAGCCACACAAUCAAGACCAGUUUGUUCCUGCUAUCAAUGUUGAAGACGUGGUGUUGCAGCCUUUGCAACAGGAUUUUGCUUUUGACCUCGCUGGGUUUGGUACAACGACGACGGACUUAGGGUUCUCGUUUGAGGGGUUGGGGUUGCCGUUUGAGAGCAUGUGGAGUGGGUAUGAUCAGGAAGUUGAUGCUAAUGGUAUGCCUGGCUUUUGA